UUAACUCUCAAGUAGACAAGGCUCAAGAGAGCAAUUAUGGGUAAUUCUCCUACGGCUUACAUCAUUUUUCUCAUCGUUGUCCUUCAACUUGUAAUUAGUUCAAAGGCUGGUGAGGAAGGAUCUUGCCCAUUAGAAGAAUGUCCAAAUGAGUGCGGAAGAAGGUGUGAACUAGCUUCAGCAUACGAUACAUGCAUCAAAUAUUGUUAUAUAUGUUGUAUUAAAUGCUUAUGUGUUCCAUCUGGAACGUAUGGCCAUAAAGAAGAAUGUCCAUGCUACAACAAUUGGAAAACACGCAAAGGCACCUCUAAAUGUCCUUAAUUUUGUAAUUAGUGAUAUAUACUAAUUAUAAUAAAAGUCAUCCUUUUUUGUUUCUCUAAUAUUACAUAGGGUGCAUAGUAAAUUAUAUGUAUACAAAAGUUCCCAGGUCUAUAGUUGCUUUGGCUCAUAUCUUGGCGGGUUUGGCGCGUUGGGUGAUUUACUUUGUUUCCGUUUUUAGUUUGUUUGUUGCUUUGUUUGUUUGUAAGUUCUUUUGUAUACAUCGAAUCGAAUGAGAGGUAUAUUACCACAUCAUG